AUGCCCGAACCGGCCAAGUCAGCGCCUGCCCCCAAGAAGGGCUCUAAGAAGGCGGUGACAAAGACGCAGAAGAAGGGUGACAAGAAGCGGCGGCGCAGCCGCAAGGAGAGCUACUCCAUCUAUGUCUACAAGGUGUUGAAGCAGGUGCACCCCGACACUGGUAUCUCCUCCAAGGCUAUGGGCAUCAUGAACUCUUUCGUCAACGAUAUUUUCGAGCGCAUCGCAGGUGAGGCGUCGCGCUUAGCCCACUACAACAAGCGUUCCACCAUCACCUCGCGAGAGAUUCAGACCGCCGUGCGGCUCCUGUUACCUGGCGAGCUGGCCAAGCACGCCGUCUCCGAGGGUACCAAGGCUGUCACUAAGUAUACCAGCUCCAAAUAA